UCUCCGAAUCCACCACAAGCUUAACUCAAUAAAAAUGGCUGCCUCUUCUCUCUCACUUUUCACUCUCACCUCUCAUCACUACACGUAUCACCACCCGAAAAAAUCCCCAAAUCCCAAAACCCUAAAUUCCUUUAAAACCCACUUUUCGAACACGUCGCCAUUUCUUUACCACCACCCCAAACUCCGGCAACCCCACCGGAAACUUCACAUUUCAUCCGAACUCCCAUGGAAACCGACGAUUUCAAACUUUUUCUCGCCGCCCCAGAAGAACAUUUCCAAGUUUUAUGUAGAAAAGAUCGCAACUUUACUAUUAGGGUCCCUCAUUUUUAUCGGCUGUUCGAAAUUGAAGCCGGUUUUAGCAAACCCCGUCCAACAAAGUGAGAAUUUAGAGGAGAAAAUUUCUGAUAUCGAAGAGGAGGAGGUGAUGUGUGUGAAAUUACUCGAAGAAAACCCGAGAAAUAUCGAAACUUUGAAAAUGGUUGUGAAUGUGAAGAUGAGGAAGGGGAAAACCGGUGAGGCUGUCGAUUAUGUCGAGAGGUUGAUCGAAUUGCAGCCUAAUGAAAUGGAGUGGAGGCUUUUGCAGGCGCUUUGUUACGAGAUGAAAGGGAAUUUGAGCAAGGCCAAGAGCUUGUUCAAGAAUGUACUCAAGCAGAAACCUCUCUUGCUUAGAGCUUUGCAUGGUUUGGCUAUGGUGAUGCAUAAAAACCACGAAGGGCCAGCUGUUUUCGAGAUGCUAGAAAAGGCUUUACAGAUUGCUCAGCGCGAAAAAAGAGUUAAUGAAGAGCGGAAUAUAAGAAUUUUAGUUGCCCAAAUGCACAUAGUCGAGGGAAACUUGAAGGAGGCCUUGGAGAAUUUUCAAGCUCUUAUUGAUGAAAACCCGAGAGACUUUCGCCCUUAUUUAUGCCAGGGAAUUGUAUACAGUCUACUGGAGAAAACGAAGGAAGCUGAAGAGAAUUUUGAGAUUUACCGGAGUCUUGUGCCGGAAGAAUUUCCGGAGAGAGGGUUCCUAAAUGAUGUUGUGUUGGCAGCAAAAACCGAGUCGAAGGAACAGCUUCGAAAGGGGCUUAAGAACUAAUUCCUAGAGAAAGAUGUAACUUCUAACUCCCAACUCUUUUUUUUUUUGGAAGAUCACUUCUGCGACACAAUUCUUACUAAACGACUAUAAAUUGAUAGACUAUAAAUUGAUAUAGUCAGGACAAACAAAAUUCUAUUAAUUUAACGAAAUAUUAAAUUAUCGAACUAAUACUAUAGUAGGUUUUUACUAAGUUGGGACUUAAAUAAACUAUUAUUUAAGCGAUGUUAUUAAUUUAUCAAGGAUGUACUGUAUUAUAUAAAAUGUCAUUUUAAUUGUGA